AUGUCUCUGGUUGGUGACCUGUGUUUAACUCUGCCACAAACUGAAACCAAGACAGAGGUGAAGAAAAAACGUGUCAAAAACAAACUUGAUGAUCUGCCUUCUACGAAACUCAUUGACUUCCUCAGAGGUAAAAUACAAACUUUGGAGAAAGACAAAAAAGAGAUAGUGGGUGUUUUUGGGAAGACUGGAGCUGGUAAGAGCUUCUUGAUUAACACCAUCUUGGGUGAGACGUCAUUGCUGCCCUCUGGAAACCAAGGGGCAUGCACAUCGGUCAUGAUUCAGGUGGAGGCCAAUAUGACAGACUCGGACUCUAAAUACAUCGCAGAGAUUGAGUUCAUGACAGAGGAGGAAUGGAAAGAGGAUCUAUGGUCCAUCUUCAGAGGCAGAUCUUAUGAGGAUGGAAAUGAUCAAGACCAGGAUGAUGACGAUGAUGAUGAGGAUGAAAAGAUAUCAGCUUUGUAUGGAAAAGAUGGACGUGGGGCAACCUUAGAAGAACUAAUGGACAGGAAGCACUUCAGAGAAAUUCCAGAGUUUCGUUUAUCAGUCAAGAAAAUAUUUCUAUGUGACACAGCAGAAGAACUCUCUGAAAAGAUCACUUGUUACACACGGAGUGACACACAGAGUGAUACAUUUAAAAGACAGUAUUGGCCACUUGUGAAGUGUAUAACCAUCAAGGUGCCAAACUCCAAAGACCUGCUGGAGCAUGUUGUGCUGGUUGAUCUUCCAGGCAAUGGAGACUGCAACAAGAGCAGAGAUGAGAUGUGGAAAUUGUUUGUUGGAAACUGCUCUGCUGUGUGGAUUGUGAGCGACAUUGCAAGAGCAACUUCAGAAAAGGAAUCUUGGGAGAUUUUAGACAGCACCGUUAGUCUCUUUGGACCUGGUGGAGAAUGUCGAAGCAUCAGUUUCAUCUGCACCAAGACAGACGACAUUGAGGAGAAUCAAAAGGCUGAUGCACGUACCUGUAUUUUGCGCAGAAAUGAAACAACUAAGAAGCAAGUGAGGGAUAAAUUCAACAAACAAAAAGAAGUUAAGAAACACUUCAAUGAGGAAAAUGAUUUCCUUAAGGUGUUUACUGUGAGUUCCAAGGAAUACGAAAAGGGAAACCAUUUGCAACAAGUAGAGACAGAAAUACCCAAACUUCAGGAAUUUCUCAGAAAUCUCAAUGAUCGUCGCACAAAGACUUCAGAUUAUGUUUCUGGAGCCUAUGGGAUCCUCUCUCUGAUACAAGGAGCCAAAAGCAGCGACAAGACAGACAACAAAGAAGAGGUGUGCCAGGUUCUUGAACAGAGGCUCAAGGACGAGAUCAAGUCCAUUGGUCGAACUAUGGAUGAGGCUUAUGAGACUUUUGAACGAUGCCUCUCAGAAGGAGUUCGACAGUCAGAAGCAUCAUGCGAGAUAUUAAUGAAUAAAGUGAUAGCACUAGUAAGCUGUAAAAACGAAACAAACGAGGGCAAACGUGGCCCAAUCAGGGAGCAGAUUGAUACAUUCACCCUUGACACAAACAGCUUGUUUCGGAAGCACCCAGAAAUGUCACUACAUCUGAUAUUCCUCAAGACAGAGGAUCACAUCAUGAUGCAACUGAAGUGUAAACUACAAGAAUCAAUGGAUCUCUCACUCAAGACCCCCAACAGCUCGUUCCUCCCAGAUGAUGUCACUGUGGAGUAUAACAAGAUGAAGAUGUACUAUGAGAAACUGAUGGGUUGCUCUAGUAUAGUACAAUUCACUCCAAGAUUGGAUUUGCACACAAAAAGUACCACAUUUGAAUCACAGUCUGGGAAUGGUAGGAAGCGUGUGCAGGUGUCAACAAGUGUAACAAUGUUAAAUCCUGAGAUUGUCAAAGAUCUUACAACACAUAACCACAAGCCUACAUAUAGGCUUCAAUGCUCCAAUGCAGGUCUUUUCCAGUGCAGUUCCACUGGUCUGGUGUUUCUGAUUGAAGGGAAGGGAGAUGUGGUUUACAAGGUGACUCAAUGGGACAGGAGCCUCCUGGGCUCCAGGAUACCAGCAGGACCCCUAUUCAGCAUUGACUGUCCUGAGCAGUCUGUCUGCGAACUGCAUCUCCCACACUGUAUGUGUGAUGAGAAGGAUGACAAUUUGUCCGUGGCCCAUGUUACUGAUGGCAACAUGGAGAUUGUUCAGCCACUCAAGACGACUCCUACACACGUGAUUGUAAACAUCACACACCUCUCCCUCUUUGGCCUCAUCAGAAAUUGGUUCUCCUUCCUCCCAGUCCGAAGCCAGGUGCUGCUGUUCCUCCGACCACAAGGGAACAGACCCCAGAAGCUCAUACUGAAUGUUAUGUUGUUGCCCAAGAAUGUGCCACUUUGUGAGGUGGAACAUCAACAGAACGGAACUACGUUCAUUAUAGCCAACUCCAACUGCACAUUGACUCCUAGAGGAAAAUAUGGCCUCUGCUGUGAGCUGGUGGCAAAUUCAAGCAUACAGCCAAAAAGUGGGCAGUUAGACUAUGACUACAGCCCAAACUUCCACCCCACAUUUCAGGUGUUUUUAGACUGCCUGUCGGGUGUGGAGAACAUCAGACUGAGUCUUUUAGACAGAGGAAGUAACGACCAAAGAGUGUGGGAGAGUCUAGUUCCAAUAGGUUAG